AUUUGUUGAUAAUGAAGGAGACAAAAUGGAAGCUGUAUGGACACGAGAAAAUAUACGUUCAUUACAAAAUUUACUUAGGGAUCCCGAGUUGGAAGAUAAUAGUGAUCAGGAUGACGUAAUAACUCCAAUGUCUAAAAUGAAACCGGGCGAUAUUGGUCCCAAGUGUCGUUCUGAAGUCAAGAAAGAAAAACCUAAUGUGAAACAAAAGAAUCCUGAUGAUAUAUGGGAUAUUGAUGAAAUACCAGAAGGUACACAGCAUGAAGAUAUAUAUGAUCCGCGCCCUCAGCCCAAAUAUGAAAUAGUGUAUCAGCAAGCAGUAACAGCUGAAGAUGUCUAUUUACAACUUGGUAGAAAAAAUCCAACGACAGCUUGUUGCGAAUACAUGAUUGUCAAAGUAAUACUUCCAGAUACACGACUGUCUGACAUUAUUCUAGACGUCAAAGAAACAUUUCUUGAUCUGAGAGCACCUAAGUACUAUCAUUAUUUUGAUAAUGAGAUAUUUGAUCCGGCGAGAUUAUCUAUAAGCUUGUAUUAUAUCUACCAAAUCCUGUUGAACCAGAUUCAAGUAAAGCAGCUUGGAAUGAAGAUAAAGAAACUUUAGAAAUAACAAUGAAAAAUAAAAGAGAGUAUGAUUUUAUAAAUGAAUAAAUAAACGUUGUCCUAUAUUGAUAUGCUUACCUGCACUAACCAAUUAACGUAUUGUACAAGAAGUUCACAGUUAUUCUGUUGUGAAUAUUUCAAAUCAGAAAGAAGUUAUGAUGUACUGAAAUAAAACUAAGUUUCUAU